AUGGGUACACCCAGUAGAGGUACACCAAGUAGAGGUAAACCCAGCAGUGAUACACCCAGCAGAGUAGAGAAACACCCAGUACACCCAGUAGAGGUACACCCAGUACAUCCAGUAGAGGUUGAGGUACACCCAGCAGAGAUACACCCAGUAGAGGUGCACCCGGUGCAUCCAGUAGAGGUGCACCCAGUACACCCAGAGGAUAUACACCUAGUAGAGGUAGAGAAACACCCAGUAAACCCAGUAGCGAUACACCCAGUAGAAGUGCAUCCAGUACACUCAGUAGAUGUGCACCCUGUACACCCAGUAGAGGAGCACCCAUCCACCCAGAGAGGUGCACCCGGUAGAGAUGCACCCAGUAGAGGUGCUCCCAGAAGAGGUGCACCCAAUGGAGUUGCACCCAGUACACCCAGUAGAUGUGCAUACAGUACACCCAGUAGAGGUGCACCAAGCAGAGGUGCACCGAGUAGAGGUGCUCCCAAUAGGGGUGCACACAGUAGAGUUGCACCCAGUACACCAAAUAGAGGUGCAUACAGUACACCCAGUAGAGGUGCACCAAGCAGAGGUACACCCAGUAGAGGUUCACCCAGUAGAGGUGCUCCCAGUAGAGUUGCACCCAGUAGAGUUGCACCAAGUAGAGGUGCACCCAGUAGAGUUGCACCCAGUACAUCCAGUAGAGUUGCACCCAUUACAUCCAGUAGAGGUGCAUACAGUACACCCAGCAGAGGUGCACCCAGCAGAGGUACACCAAGUAGAGGUGCACCCAGUAGAGGCACACCCAGUAGGAGUGCACCCGGUAAAGGUACAGCAGUAGAGGUAAACCCAGUAGAGGUACACCCAGUAGAGGUGCUCCUAGUAGAGUUGCCCCCAGUAGAGGUGCACCCAGUAGAGGUACACCCAGUAGAGGUGCUCCUAGUAGAGUUGCCCCCAGUAGAGGUGCACCCAGUAGAGGCACACCCAGUAGGAGUGCACCCGGUAAAGGUACAGCAGUACAGCAGUAGAGGUAAACCCAGUAGAGGUACACCCAGUAGAGGUGCUCCUAGUAGAGUUGCCCCCAGUAGAGGUGCACCCAGUAGAGGCACACCCAGUAGGAGUGCACCCGGUAAAGGUACAGCAGUAGAGGUAAACCCAGUAGAGGUACACCCAGUAGAAGUGCUCCUAGUAGAGUUGCCCCAAGUAGAGGUGCACCCAGUAGAGAUACCCCCAGUAGAGAUGCCCCCAGUAGAGGUACACCCAGUAGACUUGUACCCAGUAGAGGUGCACCCAGUAGAGGUACACCCAGUACAGUAG